AUGGCUUUGACCGUCAAGCUCGAGACACCCGUCACUGGCGCUUACGAGCAGCCCAUCGGCCUGUUCAUCAACGGACAGUGGGUGGAGAGCGUCGACAAGAAGAAACUCGAAGUUGUGAACCCUUCCACCGAGGAAGUCAUUACUUCGGUUUUCGAGGGAACUGAAAAGGAUGUCGAUCUGGCUGUUUCUGCAGCCCGGACUGCCUUUGAAACCACUUGGAAACGCUCCACGCCUGAGGACCGUGGUCGUCUGCUCUACAAGCUCGCAGAUCUUGCCGAAGAGAACAAGGAGUUGCUGGCCGCUGUUGAGUCCCUUGAUAACGGAAAAUCCAUCAACAAUGCGCGAGGCGACGUUGCUGCAGUUAUUGGAUGCCUUCGGUAUUAUGCUGGAUGGGCUGAUAAGAUUGAGGGAAAGACGAUUGACAUCGCUCCCGACAUGUUCCAUUACACCAGAUCGGAGCCGCUCGGAGUUUGCGGGCAGAUCAUUCCCUGGAACUUUCCGCUCUUGAUGUUCGCCUGGAAGAUUGGGCCCGCUCUUGCUACCGGAAAUACAGUGGUGAUGAAAACGGCGGAACAAACCCCCCUAUCUGGCCUCGUGUUCACUCAGUUCAUCCAACAAGCCGGAUUUCCUCCCGGCGUGUUCAACCUCGUUACCGGAACCGGCAAGGUUGCCGGCGCAGCUAUAACCUCCCACAUGGAUGUGGACAAGGUCGCCUUUACCGGUUCGACAGUCGUUGGACGGCAGGUUAUGAAGGCCGCGGCCGCGUCCAACCUCAAGAAGGUUACGCUUGAACUCGGUGGAAAGUCUCCAAACAUCGUUUUUAACGACGCUAAUCUUGAGGAAGCCGUGGAUUGGGUCAACUUUGGCAUCUACUACAACCAUGGUCAGAUUUGCUGUGCAGGAAGUCGUGUCUUUGUUCAAGAGGGCAUCUAUGAUAGAUUCCUCGAAGCUUUCAAGAAGCGCGCUCAGCAGAACAGGGUUGGUGAUCCCUUUCAAGAAGACACGUUUCAGGGACCUCAAGUCAGCAAGCUGCAGUAUGACCGUGUUAUGAGUUAUAUCGACUCUGGCAAGUCUGAAGGAGCAACCGUGGUUACUGGUGGUUCUCGCCACGGCGAGAAGGGCUACUUCAUCCAACCUACGAUCUUUUCAGACGUGCGACCUGAUAUGAAGAUCAUGCAGGAGGAGAUUUUCGGACCAGUCUGCUCCAUCGCCAAGUUCAAGGAUGAGGAAGAAGCUCUUCAGAUGGCGCACGAUACCACCUAUGGCCUGGCUGCCGCCGUCCACACACAGGACUUGACAACAGCUAUCAGGAUGUCCAAUGCCCUACAGGCCGGUACAGUUUGGGUCAAUUGUUUUAACCUUCUUCAUCAUGCUCUGCCAUUCGGAGGAUACAAAGAAUCAGGCAUUGGACGAGAGCUUGGGGAGGCUGCUCUAGCCAACUAUACCCAGAAUAAGUCGGUUGCUAUCCGCCUGGGCGAGUAG